AUGGCAAGUGUGCGCUGCAAGCUGGCCUAUUACUUGGAGGACCUAGAAGACAUAGACUUUAAGAAAUUCAAAAUGCACUUGGAAGACUAUCCUUCCCAAAAGGGCUGCAUUUCACUCACCCGGAGUCAGACAGAAAAUGCAGACCACCUGGAUCUAGCCACUCUGAUGAUUGACUUCAAUGGGGAAGAGAAGGCAUGGAACAUGGCCAUAUGGAUUUUUGCUGCAAUCAACAGGAGAGACCUUUAUGAGAAGGCUAAAAUGGAUGAACCAGAGUGGAGUUCAGAUAAUGCACAUAAUCCUAAUCAGACUGUGACAUAUCAAGAAGAUAGCAUUGAAGAGGAGUGGAUGGGUUUACUGGGGUUUCUUUCCAGGAUCUCUUUUUGUAAAAAAAAGAAAGAUUACUGUAGGACAUACAGAAAAUAUGUAAGAAGUAGAUUCCAGCAUAUUGAAGACAGAAAUGCACGUAUUGGUGAGCGUGCAAACCUAAACAAACGGUACACUCCACUACGUCUCAUCAAGGAACACCCCAGCCAGAAGGAGAGGGAACAGGAGCUUCUGGCCAUUGGUCAAACUGCAGCUAAGACCAAGGACAGCUCCAUGAAUUCCAUCAAAAUAGAACUCUUGUUUGAUUCUGAUGAUGAAAAUGCAGAUCCUAUACACACAGUGGUGUUCCAGGGAGCAGCUGGCAUUGGGAAGACAAUAUUGGCCAGGAAGAUUAUGUUGGACUGGGCAUCAGGAAAACUUUACAAAGACAAAUUUGACUUUUUAUUCUACAUCCAUUGUCGAGAGGUAAAUCUCAUGACAUGGAGAAGUCUGGGAGACCUGAUCAUUAGCUGCUGUCCUGACCCAAACCCUCCCAUAUCUAAGAUAGUGAGCAAGCCAUCCAAGAUCCUGUUUCUCAUGGACGGCUUUGAUGAGCUGCAAGGUGCUUUUGAUGAGCACACGGGGACACUCUGCACAGACUGGCAAAAGGCAGAGCGGGGAGACAUUCUCCUGAGUAGCCUCAUCAGAAAGAAGUUGCUUCCUAAGGCCUCCCUACUCAUCACCACACGACCUGUAGCCCUAGAGAAACUCCAACACUUAUUGGACCAUCCGCGUCAUGUGGAGAUCCUGGGUUUCUCAGAAGCCAAGAGGAAGGCAUAUUUCUUUAAGUAUUUCUCAGAUGAGUGCCAAGCUAGGGAAGCCUUUAGGUUAAUUCAGGAAAAUGAGAUUCUCUUCACUAUGUGUUUUAUGCCCCUUGUUUGCUGGAUUGUGUGCACUGGGCUGAAGCAGCAGAUGGAGAGUGGCAAAUCCCUUGCACAGACAUCCAAGACCACCACUGCUGUGUACAUCUUUUUUCUCUCAUGUUUGUUGCAGCCCAAAGGAGGAAUCCAGGAGCAUCACCUCUCUGCCAACCUCCGGGGGCUUUGCUCUUUAGCUGCUGAUGGAAUGUGGAACCAGAAAAUCCUCUUUGAGGAAUAUGAUCUUAGGAAUCAUGGCCUGCAAAAGGCUGAUGUGUCAGCUUUUUUGAGAAUGAACAUUUUUCAGAAGGAAGUGGACUGUGAGAAGUUCUAUAGCUUCAUCCACUUGACUUUCCAGGAGUUUUUUGCUGCAAUGUACUACCUGCUGGAAGAGGAGGAAGAGAGGGAAACUAGCAUACCACAGGGUUGUUUGAAGCUUCCCAACCGAGAUGUGACAGUUCUUCUAGAAAAUUAUGGCAAAUUUGAAAAGGGGUAUCUGAUUUUUGUUGUUCGUUUUCUUUUUGGCCUUGUAAACCAGGAGAGAACCUCUUACCUGGAAAAAAAAUUAAGUUGCAAAGUCUCACAGCAAAUCAGGCAAGAGUUGCUCAAAUGGAUAGAAGCUAAAGCUAAGGCUAAAAAGCUGCAGGUACAGCCCAGUCAGUUGGAAUUGUUCUAUUGCUUAUAUGAGAUGCAGGAGGAAGACUUUGUUCGAAGGGCCAUGGACCAUUUCCCCAAAAUUGAGAUCAACCUCUCCUCUAGGAUGGAUCAUGUGGUUUCUUCUUUUUGCAUUGAGAACUGUCAUCGUGUAGAAUCACUUUCCCUGGGUUUUUUUCAUAACUUGCCCAAGGAGGAAGAAGAAGAGGAGGAGGAGGAAGGUCGUGGACACCUUCAUGUGAUCAACUGUGUCUCACAAGAUUCACAAACAGCCUGUUCUUACUAUCUAAUGGAAUGCCGCCUCACUUCUAGUUUCUGCAGGGAUCUAUUCUCAGUUCUGAGCACUAACCCCAGUCUUACUGAAUUGGACCUCAGUGACAAUACUUUGGGGGACCCUGGAGUGAAAGUGCUGUGUGAAACUUUCCAGCAUUCAGGCUGUAACAUUCGGAGAUUGUGGUUGGGGCGGUGUGGACUUUCCCAUCACUGUUGCCUGGAUAUCUCCUCAGUCCUGAGCAGCAACCAAAAGCUGGUAGAACUGGAUCUGAGUGACAAUGCCCUGGGAGACUCUGGAGUCAGACUCUUGUGUGUAGGACUGAGGCAUUUUUCCUGUAAUCUGCAGAAGCUGUGAUUGGUAAAUUCUGGCCUUACAUCAGUUUGUUGUCCAGCUCUGUCCUUGGCACUCAGCACUAACCAGAACCUCACGCACCUUUACCUAAGGGACAAUGCUCUUGGAGACAAAGGGAUCAAGAUACUCUGUGAAGGACUCAUGAACCCCAACUGCAAAGUUCAAAUGUUAGAACUAGACAACUGCAGUCUUACCUCACAUUGCUGCUGGCAUCUGUCUACAGUUUUGACUGGUAACCAAAGCCUGCGAGAGCUGAGCCUGGGCGACAAUGACCUGGGUGAUCUGGGUGUCAUGCUUCUCUGUGAAGUACUCAAAGAGCAGAGCUGUCUUCUGAAUAGCCUGCAGUUGUGUAAAAUGUAUUUCAACUAUGAGACAAAAUAUGCAUUGGAAAAACUUCAAGAAAAAAAGCCUGAGUUGAACAUUAUCUUUGAGCCUUCUUGGUAG